UCCACAAAACCUUAACUGGGCCACCAUAUGUUUCACCUUCCACAUUAAAUUCACCACCUCAAUGUACACUCACUUCUGCUUCUGCAUUAUAUCAUCCAUUUCUGUGUUAAGUCUGCAUUCUUUUCAUAUUAUUAUUCAAUGCAACCUCUUUGUUAAUUUGGGCUAAAAGCUAGAAACUAGAGCUAGUUUUCCUUUAUCCUCAAUAUCUCACUUUUUCUCUUCACAAAUAACACAAAAACUGAUAUUGUUGGUGUAUCCAUUAAUUGGAUGUAUUUAUUAGUACUUUGAGACUUCAGAUAGGGAGAGAAAGUAAGAAAGAAAAGAAAGACAUGGGGCAUCACUCUUGCUGCAACAAGCAGAAGGUCAAAAGAGGGCUAUGGUCACCUGAAGAAGAUGAAAAACUCAUCAACUACAUCACAACUUAUGGACAUGGUUGCUGGAGUUCUGUCCCAAAACUUGCAGGCCUUCAGAGGUGUGGAAAGAGUUGCAGAUUAAGAUGGAUAAAUUAUCUAAGACCUGAUUUGAAACGUGGAAGUUUCUCUCCUCAAGAAGCAGCCCUCAUUAUUGAACUCCACUGCAUUUUAGGGAACAGAUGGGCUCAGAUAGCCAAGCACCUACCUGGAAGAACAGAUAAUGAGGUGAAAAACUUUUGGAAUUCAAGCAUAAAGAAGAAACUCCUUUCUCGUGAUGUUAAUAUUCCUCCUUUAGCCACAUUUUCUGAUUUUCACAGCCCCGGCUUUAAUGUUGGCACCAUGGAAAGUUUAUUCCCUUUUACUGCAAACCCUAAUGUGAUCCUAAAUUUUCAUCAUCACGCAGACCAGCUCUACCUUCCCACCACACCAAUAUCCCCAAUCCUAGAAGGUUUUGAUCAUAUUAAUAAUGAUGUAAAGUUAGGCAUUGAUAGCAAUUACAAUGCCAACAAUUUUCUUCAUAUUCAGAAUCCAACACCAGAAAUAGUACUACCAUUAUCUUCCAAUAAUCCAUCCUCUUAUGAAGACACAUGGUCAUUGGGUUGUGUAGCUCUACAUCUCAAUCCAAAUCAAGAAAAUGACCAGAUUAUCAAAAGUGAUGAUACCACUUUACAUUAUGUUGUUGACAAAUUCUUCAACCCAAUGGCAUUAUUGCAGCAUUAUGAAGGUCAAUUAGUAGAACCAAUUGUGCCAAAAGUUAGUGACAUUGAGGAUUAUGUUUGUAGUAUCCAAGAACAUGAGGCUACUACAGCAAAAUUUCAGUGUUAUUCACAAGAUCUAACAGUGGCAUCAAAUCAAUUAGAGUACAUUGAUGCCUUCAUGUCAUCGUUGCCUUCUUCAACAACUUCAUCAGCAGCAUCAAGCAGCCAAAUAGUCCCAAACCCUAUUCCUUCAGGAUGGGAGUCUUGAACGUUGGUACUAUUUAUAGAUAUAAAUUUAAUUUUUAUCUAUUUAUGGUACAUUUGAUUUAAUAAUGUGGGGGAAUCUCUUUAAUGAUCAAUGAGCUCAGUUAUUUCCAUGCAUUAAUUGUUUCUUGAACUUUUGCACAAAAGUGUAGAUUCUCUCUUGUUGGUAAACCUGAACCUUGCUAGUUCAGGCGCACUUCUAUUAAACAAUGCUUGCUGAAGUUCCAAAAAUGUGUCUAGGUUUUUUCACAUAUUUGUCAUCUAAUUCUAUAUAUGUGAAUUAUUGAU